GCUGCCAUGGGGAAAGGGGGCCCAGAGCCCGACGGCUCCGAGGAGGAUUUGGAAGCAAGGAACACAUCCCAGGCAUGCUACAGGCAGCCUUUGUGGGUCUCCCAAGGCAGGGAAGCAGACACCAGCCCAGGGGACACGGAAGGGAUGAAGGUGAGGAAGAAGAGCAGGCCGGUGCGCUCCAAGGCCAGGAGGAUGGCUGCCAAUGUCAGAGAGAGGAAGAGGAUUCUGGACUACAACCAAGCCUUCAACGCCCUGCGGCUGGCCCUCAAGCACGACCUCGGGGGCAAAAGGCUUUCUAAAAUCGCGACCCUCCGGCGGGCCAUCAACAGGAUCGCGGCUCUGUCGCUGUCCCUGCGCUGCUCCGGCUGCUGCUGGCCCUGCGCCCACCCCGAGUGCCGCGCCCGGGCCGGGGUCCCUCCGCAGGAGCCGGGGCUGAAGGGCGGCCACCCCCAGCUGCCCUGGGAGCUCAUUCCUGCAGGGACACAGCGUCCUCCAUCCCCUCCCUGCGCUGCCUUUUCCCCUCAGCGGCAUCUCCAUCACUACCAGAGCCCGAAGGAGAACCGCGGUGUGCCCGGUCCCGCCGGGAUCCCCGCGCCCCGCCAGCACCGAGCCCCGGGCAUCCUGCGGGAACCCCCGGCCGGGACCGUGCCCGGGCAGCUGGGGCACUGCCAGGGCUGGGGGCACCCGCAGUGCCUCCCCACGCACUGACCCGCCGUGGGACGAUGGGGGGAGCGGGAAGGCACCGCCGGGUGAGGGAAGGAAGCGCUGCUGGAGGGCUCAGAGAGCCCCCGACACGCGGGACAGGACCCUGCUGCGUGUCUCCCCCUGCGGGAAGGUGGGAACUCCUCGGGAAGUGCCGGCUCUGUUUCUUAUCUCACUGCUGCUGAUCGCCGCUGUUAUUUAUUCUCUCUUGCUUGUUCUGAGGGAAAACACGAGUUACAAACCCAGCAGCAGGGCAGUGGUGUUAAUAU